AUGAGUUGGUCAGGCAACAAGAUUAGCAAUAGCAGUCCAACUGCUCCAGCAGUUCCGCCGUCAGACCCGGCCCGCGUUCAUUUUGAAAAUGACCUUCCGGCAUCUCAAACUCCAUCCAACACUCAUUCUCCACUACUGGGUCACCAACGAACGGACUUGGACAUGCUACGAAGAAGCACAGCCAUGAUUCCCGUCACCUCCGAACCUGCUUUGGGUGUCUCAGAGGACUCAGAUAGAGAUGCAUCCAAGAUUUCCGCAUAUGCUCGUCUAGAUUUCGACAACUUCACCUUCUUUGUUCAAACACUUCAAGUUGUCCUCGGAAGAAAGUCAAACGACGAGAUCCACUCCUCACAUCACUCCGUGGACGUGCAUCUCAGUUCCAAGAAGGCCAUUUCUAGACGACAUGCUAAGAUCUUCUACAAUUUUGGCACCCAAAGAUUCGAGAUCUCUAUUAUGGGUCGUAACGGUGCUUUUGUAGAUGAUCUGUUUGUUGAGAAGGGUAUGACGGUGCCUCUCACAGACGGAACCAAAAUUCAGAUCGGUGACAUCCCAUUUUCGUUCGUUCUCCCUUCCUUGGAAUUACAUGAGCUAGACGAUAAGAAACCUGGGGCAGCCAAACCAUUCAACCCUAGCGAUGCUCUCAAUCUCCGCACAAAUUUGUACCUGACGAAUUCACUGCCGGUUAGAGAGAAGAAAAAAUCUGUUAUCGACGACCAGACAAGGCAGGUACAUCGCAACUCGAAGGCAGAUAUCGUAAGAAGAUUGUCUUCAGCCAGAAGAAAAUCGCAUGCAUCCACAAACGACGAGAUCAAUGCCCUCUUGAAAGAACUCGAUAGUCUAGAAGGAGAAGAUGACGAUUUUGAUCCAGAUCUUCUCGAUGCCGAGGUGCGUGAGCUUCUAGACCUGAAUAACGCAAAGUCAAUGACCCAGGCGGAGAUCGAAAAAGAAGAAGACGAAAUAGACAAAUUGGUCAACGAACAUAAUAUGCGGCAAGGCGUCAUUGCUGACAACUCGGGAGGAAAGGACACCGGAAAACAGGAAAUGGACAUCAACAUGCUAGAUCAGGAGAUUGCGUCAUUGGCUCCACUUAUAGAUGCACAGACGGAAGGACUAGAUCCAGAGAAGGCAAGGGAUGCAGAGGAGCUCAAAAAGUUGGGAUCCAACUACUCUUUUGGAGCAAAAUUCGGUUCCAAUGGCCAACCAUACUACGAUACAACGGACUCAAAUUUGCCUCGAACUGGUCCAUUAAUGGGAAAGCCAAUGGGUCCAAGAAUGGGGAAACCCGCAACCAUUCAACCUCCGGCAAACAGAGUAUACGGCCGUCAGCCAAGCAUACCCAUGAGACCAGGAGGAACUUUUGCAUCGACAUAUCAGACAACCACCCCUAGCUACUCAUAUGGAGGGUAUAACGGAUCGAUAUACAAUCCUAUGGAGUCUAGACCACUUCCACCUAAGUUAGAGGUGGUUGUGGAGACAAUCACCAGCGUUCCAAUAACAAACCUGAUCAUCCCAUUCAAGGCAAUCACCAGCAACCAGGGAGCGCUUGAAAAAGCACCUAUUUGCGUUUUCAAAUCGACCGAACCACCGUCUAGUGCCCCCAAAAUUCCUCAAAGACGGAAGGAUGGAGUACGCAAAACUCCCAAGUUGCAAAAUUUGAAGGACAUCCCUGAACAGUUCAAGACAAAGCCUAAUGUGAGCAUUCUGGCGAUGACCCUCAGUGUGUUGAGGACCGUUUCUUCGGACAAGAAAGGACUAACCAUAAACGAAAUCCAUGAGGCCAUCAAGGAUAUGUUUCCUUACUUUAAAUACUGUCCAGAUGGUUGGCAGGCCACCGUCACCCAUAAUAUCAGGUUCAACAAGAUCUUCUUGGCCACUGUCAAAAUUGGCCACGAGACUGAAUGGCUCUGGAAUGUGGAUGAUGAUUUCAUAACCGAAAGAGAAAAAAUUAGAAAAAAGCAGCAAGAAUUGGCCAUGGCCAAAGCAAAGGAAUCGGCACUCAAGGCUAUGGAGCUUCGCCAGAGACAAAGGUUGGACAUGCCUCAGUACAGUGUUCUUGGACGUGGAUAUAUGACGUCGGAAGCAAGUCCAAGAUUCGGAUCUACACCUUCAACGCCAGAUGGCGCUAAGCCCAAAUCGAUCGCUGAACUCGCCAGUGAAAUUAAACGGGAUGGCACCUCCACGUUGAUCAAGACUCCACUGUACUUUCAAAGACAAACCCCUCAUGGAGAAUCUCACAGUGCCAGCACCACACCUGAUGGACAAACGAGCACUACCAAUAUCAAAGAUCAACUUGCGGCGAAUCGCUCGCGCAGCACCUCGAACAAUGCCAUCAGUCCGCCAGCAUCUGUUCCAAGUAAACCUUCUACACCGCAACCAGGGUUGGGAAGUGCCGCCUUGCCAGCAAUGAACCAGGACACCAAGAAGUCGUUGACGUACCUCCAAAAGGAGUUGUUUACUUUGUACAAAGCACGCAAGCUCAACUACAACACAGCAGUCACCACGGAGAUCAUCACCAAGGCACUUGCAACCACCAUUGCUCAGGUCAAUAUAAUUGGAGCCAAGGCGGGAUGUGGAGACAAUGCAUUGAGCUUCCUCGUGGAGAAGGCACCACAACAGGUCAGCAAAAUCUUGGAUAUUGCAUUGACCAAAUCCAUCAAGGAGAAACAAGGACUCUCGUCUAAGCCAGGAAGCAAAGAGUCAACUCCACAACCUCCCACGCCAAGCAAGCCGGCACUUUCUAAGCCUACACCCAGUGCCUCGACAGGACCAUCUGCGAAUGAACUGUUAGCACGCUCGGCAUCUCCAGUUACAACUACACCGCCCGUACGACCACCAUCUGGACUCUCCAAACCCAAUUUUGGUGGCCCCGCUCGACCAGCGUUUUCAGGACCUUCGAAGCCGCAGAGUUAUUCAAAGCCAGGAGCUUUAAACAAGCCGCCACAGUUCCUCUCCAAUAAACCUAGGGUGGAAAAAAGACCCAAUGAAGACGGAGAGGAACCAAAUAAGACCAUCAAGUUGGAGUGA